CUUGUUGAAUCAUUUCUCGUGUCGACUUUGAGACCUCUUGUCGCCAUGCUGAGCCUGUGGGCCCCUGAGCCCACUGUUGCUGAGACUCAGUGAUUGUUAUUCUGUACUCAGGAAGCAGGAAGUUUGACGAGAUACGAUGGCCCCGUAAGGGAAUCCCAAGAGCAGAUACUCCCCAAGGACCUGUGGAAGGUGACUUGGAAGUGUAUUCUGAAGCCAGUUUUCUGCAUAGACUGAAGGAGACACAGCCUUGAAGAAUUCAUGGAAAUGGAUCAGCAUCAUUAAGUCAGAGCUAUAACCCUGUGUUUUAGCUCAGAUCUGAUGGCUUGAGACUGCUGAUAUCCAGUGUUCUGUAAAUCCAGUGCCCAUAGAUGUGGACCAAGGAAGAGCCCCGACCAUGGUCACUCUUAUCACAGAGAAGCUGCAGAACCAGAGUUUGGAUGACCUUACACGAAGGGCCCGGGAGGCUGGCCCGUAUUCUGCUGAGAAACUGAACAAAAGUGGCCAUUUGUUUCCUUUGGAGAUUGGCGUGGACAAAAGUCCCUGGAAGGCCUUACAUGGAGGAUGGCCCAUUGGGAGCCAGGCAGCCUCAGGCCCCUUCCCACUGGGCCCACUUGGUGUGUCUCACACCGAAGGUCUCAAAUGGCAGCUGGCAUCUCCAGGGUCUACGGAAAUGGGCAGCUUCUUGGACUUCCGUGAGAGCACAGGGCCACCUGUAGCACCACCGACAAAGCGACACUCCCGGUCCCUGUCAGAACCAGAGGAGCUGGCUCGAUGCUGCUCCCCAUGGCGCCCUGGUAACUCCAGGGUAUGGACCCCCAUCUCUAAGAGGAGAUGCAACAGUGGUGGGAGUGCCACACUGCAGAGCUGCAGUGGCCUCGGGAACCCUACCCUGCAGGCAAGUCGAGGCCCAGGCCUACCCAGGAGUCCUGUGUCACCUGCUGGCCCUACCUCACCGAUGACACCUCGGCCAGCUUCAGCCAGCAGUGGCUUUGUGAGUGAGGGCAAUACAAGCUCAGGUCCACCUUGGCUUUCUGCAGGACCCUGUCCGUUUUCCUCCAGGCGCCGACUGUCUCUCUCACAAGAGCACCUUGUAGAUGUAAGCACUUGCCUGCCUUCAGCCAGCAGCACCCCUACAUCCACACCGGAGCUAGGCCGACACCAUGGCCUGCUCCGGUGCCGGUCACAGCCUUGCGUAUUGGAUGGGAGGAGGGUCCGGCACAAGCGGAGACGGGAGGAGGAUGCCAGGUGGACGCGCCCAUCCUUGGACUUUCUGAAAAUGACACGGACUUUAAAGAACUCAAAGAGCCUUUGCUCCCUGGACUAUGAAGAUGAUGAGGAUGACACCCAGGCGAAGACUGUUGUGUCCUCCCCAUGUACCUCUCAGGGCCUUGUGGACAUCAUCACACCUGGCUCUAGCCCAAGGAUUCCCAGGCCUGGCCCUACCAGCCCCAGUGCCUGGGCUUCGGGGGAGCCAGAGGCCAGCACAGGAGAGGGUGGGAGCAGUGGGGAAGCCAGUGACUGGGACAGUGCAGAAGAAGAGGGCGUCUUCCCACUGGACCACAGUGACCUGGACCUGGAGCAGAUCGAGAACAACUGA